CUGCAGAUCAUUCAGCAGCUAGAAUUACAUGCCUAUGAUCUAUACAAUUUCAAAGAUAGAUGCCUCUACUCAGAAGCUGAUUCAGUUCUGCUAGAUUUAGUUAACACAAAAACUUGCAGUGAUAAAUGUUUCUUAUUGUUGGAAAGAAGAAAUUCCGUUUAUUCCCAAUUACUGGCUGCUAAAACUCUCCUCAAAUUGGUUACAUCAUCAAAUGAUAAUUUAUCAAAAAGCCACAAAAGGAACAUUCAGUCGUUUGUUUUGAAUCAUGUUAUAAAUAGCCUAAACAUGGAAGCGUACGUUUUACAGUCGAUAGUUCGAGUAUAUUGUCAUAUUACUAAAUUAUCUUGGUUUGAUACAGUUGAAGAGAAUUACAUAUUUAGAAAUGUCCUUGGAGAUCUCAACUAUUACAUACAGUCCAACAAUCCUCACUAUAUGUUUAUAGCAGUUUAUAUAUUAUCUUCUAUGGUUGCUGAGAUGAAUGAGGUUGAUGAGGGUAUUACGACAAACAGGCACAAGAAGGUUUCAUUUUCAUUCAGGGAUCAUCAGCUUUUUGAUUAUUUCAAAUUGGGCUGCACAUUCCUCCAGAAUGCCUCACUUCUUAUCGACAAAAUUAAUUUUGCAGAUCAAACUCAGCUGAACUUAUUGAAUCAAAGUCUUCAGUUGGUGUUUAAUUGCUUAUCAUAUGACUUUAUUGGAACAUUGUCCGAUGAAUCAGGUGAAGAUGUUAGCACCAUUCAAGUUCCAACACAUUGGAAAUCUGCUUUCUUGAGUGAAUCAUUGCUGAAAGCACUCUUUACAUUACUUGAUCACACUCCAACAGUGCUCUCAAUACUUGUGUUGAAAUGUUUAGUUCAAAUGGCUUCUUUGAGGAGAUCUUUAUUCAAUGCCAACGAACGCAUGAAUUAUCUCCAGGAACUUUGUCAAGGAGUGAAGCGAUGCAUUUCUUUAUGCCAGGAACGUGAAAGUCAAGAUAUUUAUCAUGAAGUGUGCAGAUUUCUGGCCAGAUUGAAAAUGAAUUUCCAACUAACCGAGUUUUUGAAAAUGAAUGAUUAUUCAGAAUUCUUAAAGUCCAUCGCUAAUUUCACUGUAUCCUGUUUUCAGAUGGAUUUUCCUACAAACAGUAGUUAUUAUUUGUUAUGUUUUUGGCAAAAGAUGGUAGCUCCAAUACCUUACAUAAAGACAGCCGAAACACACAUGCUGGAAGUUUUCACGCCGGAUAUCUUUAAAAUUUUUGUUCUUUCAAGAAUUGAACUAAUAAAGCGUAAUGCUGGAUUAAAUUAUGAUGACCCUUUGGAAGAUCAGGCAUUUCUCUCUCAACAUCUUGAAUUAGUGGCUGCAAUUGGAAGAUACGAAUACAAAGAAGCUUGCACGUUAUUAGUUCAUGCUUUUGACGAAGCAUCUCAGCAAUUUGGCCAAACAUUUAACGAAUCUGCUGACCAAAAUAUAUUAAACAUUGCCAUUCAAGAAGGCUGUUUAUCAUGGUUGAUCCUCGUCAUCGGCGCUGUCAUUGGAGGGAGGGUAUCGUUCGCCAGCACUGAAGAGCAUGAUUUGCUGGAUGGCGAAUUGGUGUGUAGGGUUUUGAAACUCAUGAACGAAACCGACUACAGACUGUCUCAGAACAGAUUUGAAAAACUAGAGAGGGCCUACAUUAGUUUUUUGGAUCAUUUUCGCAAAAUUUACAUUGGAGAUCAGAUUCAAAAGACCUUCAAGGUCUACAAGUGCCUAAAUGAUGUCUUUGGUAUCAGUGAUGAAACUACCAUGCUAAAAAUAAUUAUACAUAAAAUAAUGACUAAUUUGAAAUGCUGGGGAACGUCGGAGAGGGUGGUUGAGUUUACUCUAAAUCUGUUUAACGAUCUAUCCGUUGGAUUUUCAAGUGUCAGAAAAAUUGUCAAAUUAGAGGAAAUACAGUUCAUUCUCUAUAACCAUUCUGCAGAUCAUUUUGAAUUUUUAAGGUCAACUUCGAACGUUAUGAAAUGUCGAACGUUGUUUUAUACAUCCCUCAGUAGAAUCUUGGUUCUCGAUCUUACUGAAGAUGAAGAUGAGAUGUUCUGGCGGUUCAUUUCACCCAUUCAAGCGUCAUUCAACUUUUUGAAAAGUUUGCUCGUUCAAAAUUCAACAUCAACCAAUGAAAUCAAGAAUUGUAUUAUCGGUCUUUGCUUGGAUAUAAAAGGAAUCGCGUUGGCCUUUAACACAAAGCAUAGUUACAUGAUGCUCUUCAACUGGUUCUUCCCUGAUAAUUCAUUACUGUUAAUGAGAAUGCUAGAGGCGUAUUAUUACGACCCUCAGAUCACGACAUCUCUGCUUAAACUCUAUCACGAAUUUUCUUACAACAGAUCUCAACGGUUAGUUUUUGACAUCUCGUCUCCAAAUGGAAUUAUAUUGUUUAGGGAAGUCAGUAGAGUUUUAACAACUUACGGAGAUUAUCUGUUAAACAAUGUUAAUAUACCUGGCGACAAGUUGUACAUUAUGAAACUGAAAGGUAUAACAAUAUGCUUCAGAAUGUUAAAAUCUGCUCUAUCAGGAAAUUAUUUGAACUUCGGGGUCUUCAAACUUUAUGAAGACCCUGCUCUGAACAACGCUCUCCAAGUCUUUGUGAAGUUCUUGCUUUCUAUCGAUCUCAAAACACUUAAAGAAUAUCCAAAACUAAUGCAAUCAUAUUUCUCCUUACUGGAAACCGUCUCACAGGAUCAUUUGUCUUUCAUUGGUUCACUUGAUGCCAGCGUGCUGACGUAUAUUUUUUCAACAUUGUCAAGUGUCUUACUCACGACAGAGCCUCCAGUCCUGACCAGUUGUUGUGCAAUUUUAGAUAACAUAAUAACACAUUUGUAUAAAGUUAUGUCAAAGAAGUCUAACGAGCUUGCUCAUGGUUUGCUUAAUAUUGACCCUAGCGUUUUUAAACAGAUUCUUUCUGAUAUAUUUAACGUGACUAUAAAUUAUGAAAUUAGAAAUCAGUGGUCCCUAUCAAGACCUAUGUUUGGAUUAAUACUUUUACAUGAAGAGCACUUCAACAACUUGAAAAAUGAAUUUAUUCAAAAUGUUCCUCUACCGAAGCAAGCAGCGGUUGCAGAAUGCUUUGUAAAGUUAAUGGACGGGGUUGAGAAAAGUCUUUCAAUCAAGAAUAGAGACAAGUUCACCCAUAACGUAACAGUUUUUAAACACGAUUUUUCAGAUGCAAUGAAAGUAAAUGAAUUCUAUCCUACUAACAGCAUGUUCUAA